AAGAAUGAUAAUCCUAAUCGAAUGAAAAUACUGCUGAAGAAGUAGGAGGAAUCUAAACUGUUGAUUCUUGAUUAUGCCUAUAUGAUGAUUGUGUUCUAUACUUUACUGCAUUACUUUAGGAUCGCGGUUGAAAAGGACACGUUGUGCCAAAUGCUCUUUCAUCAGAUAGAUACAUGAUAAAUAUGUUGGGAAAGUUUAACCAAGCUUUAUAAGAUACAAUCAAAUCAUACAAUGACAACUUAGCAAAUGUAAAAUACAACAGCAACCUUAUUAAGAGUCCAUCAGAAUCAUUAAGAGUUGUAAUGAUUCGAAAUAUCUUAGCGAGACGAGAUGAGAGGACAGACGAAAAUGAGAGAUCUCGCAAAUGUAUACGCAAUGCCAAUGCCCUGACGUUUAGUCGUCUAGGGAAAAUUAAGAGGGUCAAGAUCCUUGGACAAUCGCACGUCAGGGUGAUUAUGGUCGAAAGACCGUCGUAGUAAUACGGCUGCGCACGGUAAAACAUGAAUGACAGCGAGAUCUAUCUAUUGAACUGGGAAGAAGAGGUACACGCAUUAAACAACGAACUUGAUAGAAGCUUUUAUAACGCGAACUAUCCGUCGUUUAAUCAUACCUAUGAGGACCUCUGGGAACUCGCUACGGAUCGAAUCGGUCUCGCGAUCGUUUUAUUGCUCUUCUCCGUAGCUACCGUUUUCGGCAACUCGUUAGUGAUUCUCGCGGUAUUCCGAGAGAGGCAUCUGCACACAGCUACAAACUACUUUGUGACUUCAUUGGCCUGUGCCGAUUGCCUGGUAGGACUGGUAGUGAUGCCAAUUAGCGCGGUAUACGAGGUAUUGGAGAACCGUUGGCUGUUCACGACGGACUGGUGUGACGUUUGGCGCUCGCUCGAUGUUCUCUUCUCCACCGCGUCCAUUCUAAACCUGUGCGUUAUUAGUCUAGAUCGCUACUGGGCGAUUACCGAUCCCUUCACGUAUCCGACUCGAAUGAGUAGAAAACGCGCCGCGAUCCUAAUCGCUAUCGUAUGGAUUUGUUCGAGUGCGAUCUCUUUUCCUGCGAUAGCGUGGUGGCGUGCCGUUCGUACUGAGCAAGUGCCCGAAGACAAGUGUCCCUUCACGGAGAAUCUCGGUUACCUGAUAUUCUCGUCGACAAUCAGUUUUUACCUGCCGCUAUUCGUGAUGGUAUUCACGUAUUACAGAAUCUAUCGUGCCGCCGUGAUACAGACGAGGAGUCUAAAACUCGGUACGAAGCAGGUGAUGAUGGCCUCGGGCGAGCUCGAACUCACAUUGAGGAUACAUCGAGGCGGUGCAACCACCAACACCGACGCUAGGCAUCUUUUUCGCACCGCCUCGAGCACACCCGAAGAUCUGCAAGAUCUCGAGGAACCGUUAACAGCUCUUCACAACAAUGGUCUCACUAGAGUGCCCUCCGCGAGAAUCAGCAAUAAACAACACCUAGGAAAAAAUUUCUCUCUCUCGCGUAAACUCGCCAAGUUCGCCAAGGAGAAAAAGGCGGCAAAGACCCUUGGUAUCGUUAUGGGUGUAUUUAUUAUUUGCUGGCUACCGUUCUUCGUUGUGAAUCUAUGGUCGGGAUUCUGCACGAGGUGCAUAUGGCAAGAAGAAAUCGUAUCUGCGGCCGUCACUUGGCUCGGCUGGAUUAACAGCGGAAUGAACCCCGUGAUAUACGCUUGCUGGAGCAGAGAUUUUCGUAGAGCUUUCGUAAGAAUUCUGUGCUAUUGUUGUCCCAGAAAAAUGAAACGGCGAUAUCAGCCAGCAUUUAGAUGUAAACCAAGUCAGUAUAUCUCCGGAAUGGCAACGGGAGGACAAGCGAGUAAUGUGAGCUAUAGUAGCGUCAGUCAGAGCAGCGACGGUGGCAUAUGCCCGCCCGGAAGUGGUCUCCCUAGCAGCGGUAUGUGACGACACACAACGGCCCGAACGGGGGGGCCACGUCGAGAACGAGCGAUUCGAUUCCGUGAUGCGUGAGUAAAUCAAACGUGAUCCGAAAAAUUAACUUUCAAAAAACUGAAAAACAUCGUUCCGUGCGACUUGAACUCAUCGCGCCUGAAAAAUAUCAAGAGAAAUCAUCUCGAAUACAGUGCUCCAAUAUACUCCAAGACUACGAUUUAUCAUCACCAAGACGGGGCAGAAAGGAGAAACAUCGUUAGCGAUGUAACAACAACUCCGCGAAUGAAUAUAGAUCACGAAAUAUGUAUAGGAAGCAUGUACUUAACAGGAUUUUUCGUAACAGCUGCUUUCAUAUCAUCACGAUUAAAAUAAAUUGUUGGACUUUCGCUCGCAUAAUCGUACUAACGAGCAAAUUAAUACCUUGCGGAUAUAUAGAUAUAUAUAUUCUAUUCAGUCACCCCACGCGAGCUCUUGAAGAAAAGUUCAUAAAAAGCAGCGUGGGGUAAAAUCCGGCUACGAUUACGACUUGGUCAGCUCUGGGCACAAUGCGCCGCAAGAGACCGAACUUAUAAAUCUUCUAUUUGUGUUAGAAAGAUCUUCCAGGAAAAAUAUCCUCUUACAUGUGCAAUUUUAAAACACGCGCAAUCUCUCGUAAUUUCUCAUCUAAACAUUGGCUACAUCGACAAUAGAUUAAUGCUAUUAUACUGAUUAACAAUCUUUGUCAAAUUAUUAUUAACGAUAUUAACGAUAAAAUUAUAACG